AUGUUGAGGCGUGUCCGUCCACUUCGCGCUUGGAACAACCGCCAACACAGUGAUAGGGAGCGUGACCGCAUUGCCCGGGAGCGGCAGCGGCAUAUUCUGUACGACAACGCCGGUAAUGUGAAGCUGUAUGGUAUCUUGUUUCUGUUGUGGGAGGAAUUCCGUGUUCCCAUUAUUGCAGUAGCCACAGGUUUCUUUGUUUUGCUCGCAUAUAAUAAGAUUGUGCUGUAUUACUCCGCACGGCAGCUAGCUGGUGAGCGGGAGCUUGAUCAAAAGAGCGAGUCGGAGGCGAGGCUUUCUGGAAAACUCAAGGGUGAUCGUUAUUUGAUCAAACCGUGGCGACAAGUCGAGGACCCCGACUUUUUAAACAUCCCAUCAUACGCAGGUAAGGGAGUGUACUCAAGCAAAUUAUUUGAGGAUGACGUGGCAAGCACCGACCCACUUUUCAGUGAGCGACGCCGAAACUGA